GGGCGGACAACAUGAUGAAUGAGAGGAUGAUAGAGGAAGUGUGGGGGAUUGGAGUGAAAGUAGAAGGUGGGAUCAUAACGAAGAGUGGGAUGGAGAAGGCAUUGGAGGUGGUGUUGAGGGGUGAGGAUGGGAAGGCAAUGAGGAAGAAGGUUGGUGAGUUGAUGGAGAGAUUGGUGGAGGCUGCUGGACCCGAUGGGAGUGCUGAGGCCGAUUUCAAGGUCCUUGUGGAGCUCAUCUCCUUCAUGAAGCGCAUCAUGCACUAGCUCCAAUUUGCAGUAGAUUUUAAUCAAUGUACUGAGUGAUGUGUCUCAAAUUGCCAUUGGUCGUGAAAGACCCCCUACUUGUUUAAGGUCUAUUUAAGUCCAACGUAAUAAUUAGUAAAUCAAUGUCACGUACUCAUGGUUAAUGCUUU